AUGUUAUUUGCCACGUGUGAUAUUAUUUUGAUGCUGCAUGCCUCGGAGCGGCUUGUCGAGUACAUCAUCGGAGGGAUCUUGGCGGUUGCUUGCGGGACCUCGUUGGAGUUCUGCGGUCAGGAGACCACACCGAGCCAGUGGAAAAAGCAAUCGCAGGACGGCACGUUACUCUCGACAGUUUUGUGCGCGCUUGGGGCGGCGGACAUGUUCCUCUGCGGCCAGCCGCAUCGGUAUAGACUGGCAUUGCUCGCAUUUGUCGCAGUGUUUGUAGACGCCUCCCACCUCCAGAGAGGCCAGCCUGAACCUGGUUUUCCAGGGGGCCGCGCGAAAGCGUGA